AUGGCCUGGACGGACAAACACAAUCUAACAAUAUUGAAUGAAUUCAUUCUCAUGGGGAUCACGGCCCUCCCUGAGCUGCAGGCACCGUUAUUUGCACUCUUCUUCACUAUUUACGCGGUCUCAGUGGUGGGUAAUCUGGGCUUGAUCAUCGUCACCAAGACAGACUCCAAGCUACAGACACCCAUGUACUUUUUCCUCAGACACCUGGCUUUCUCUGAUCUCGGUUACUCAACGGCUGUAGGACCAAAAAUGCUAGUAAAUUUUGCUGUAGAUCAACAUACAAUCUCCUAUAAUGGGUGUGCCACCCAACUCACUUUCUUUGGUGUGUUUAUCACCAGUGAACUUUUCAUUCUGUCAGCCAUGGCCUAUGACCGCUACGUGGCCAUCUGUAACCCUCUGCUCUACACAGUCGUCAUGUCACAAAGGUCAUGUCAGUUGCUGGUGGCAAUCCCCUAUCUCUACAGUGUCUUUUUGUCUUUGCUGGUCAACAUUAAAAUUUUCACAUCAUCGUUUUGUGGCUAUAAUGUCAUCCGGCAUUUCUACUGUGAUUGUCAACCGUUGAUAUCUUUGCUCUGCUCAGACACACAUGAAAUUAAAUUGAUAAUUCUCAUCUUUUCAGUUUUUAAUUUGGUUUCUUCUCUUCCAGUCGUCCUUGUGUCCUACUUUCUGAUCCUCGGCGCCAUCCUCAGAGUGAACUCUGCAGAGGGCAGGCACAAGGCCUUCUCCACCUGUGGAUCCCACCUGGCAGUCAUAGUGAUAUUCUAUGGAACCUUAUUCUUUAUGUAUGUGCAGCCUAAAUCCGGUCACACACUUGAUACUGAUCAAAUGGCCUCUGUGUUUUACACGCUGAUAAUCCCCAUGCUGAAUCCCAUGAUCUAUAGCUUGAGAAACAAAGAGGUGAAAGAUGCCCUAACUAGAACCUGGAGCAUGUGUGCAAAUACUCUGUUUAAAAUAUGCUGUAAGAUAUGCUAG